CUUAUUUGCUUAAUAUAUUAAAAGAAAAGGGAAAGAUGGGCAGGCAUGCAUAAAUGGCCGGGUAAUUAAAUUAAAGAUGGCUAGAGAUUACAGGUGAGAAAAUGAAAAAGAAAAAACAGGCCGGAAAUGGGACAAAGCGAACAAAGAAAAGGAAAAAAAGAAUAAAGGAAGCGGGCAUAGUUGAUUGGUGAGAGUGGGCGGCCGGCAAAAAGCUUCAAUGUUAUUAUUGCAGUUGUACGUCUGGAUCGUCUUCCUGCAUGCAUUCUCUCUUAGCUAAGGGAGAAGCAUGCAGCGAUGAUCAGCUAGAAAGCAGAAUACUUGGCGGCGGAGUCCCGGGGGGCAUUGCAUCGGAAACAUUGGAGGCGAUUGGCGAAGUUGUGCUCGUUGCAACCGGGCCUUGUGCAGAUCCAGUCACCGGACUUCCAGGAUGCGCGGUUGCCACCACCUCGGCCGCCGGCAUCCGGCUGCAGCUUAGAGGCGCCGCACUUGAAGCAGCUCGAACGGCUCGCAAAGUUAUGCGCGCCGCAUUGGGGGAGGGUGCAAUACCAGUCCCCCGGCCGCACAUCCGGCCCCACCACAAGCCCCCCGCCGCCGCCGCCGCCGCCGCUUCUUAGCUCCCCGCACCUUUGGCACGACUCCCGCCUCUGGAAAUUCAGGUGCUGGCAUGACCCGCAAUUCCAGUCUCCUGCUCUGUUCAUGGCCGCACCACCUAAGCUACUUCUUUUAAUUAAUUUCUAUGUAAGCUAACAAAGAAUUUAAUUAAUUCAACAAGCACCUAAGCAAGUACAUAGAUCACUUAAUUAGCUAGCUUCAGAUUUCAGAAUGUAUGUAUAUAUAUGGCUGCAGGGUAGCUUAUAUAUAUACACAUAGACUCCAGACAGCCAAUCAGCCAGC